AUGUCAGUGGCGUCUAGUAGUAGAGAAGUGGCGUCGACAUCGGGUGCGAGUGCAGUGAGCGAGUUGGAGAUGGAGAUGGCCCUGCUGAGAAGUUUGUCAAUUGUAAGACCUGUCGGUAAGACAAAACACUUCGCAAUGAUCCAACUUCAAUCGGAGAUUCAUCGUCGCACUGGGGUAUGGACAGAGGUAUCUUUCAUUUGGGAACGUCUGGGUGAGUUAUACAACCUUGAUAUUCUGGAUGAGAAUUGCUCCCCGACUCCAUCUAUACCUAAUACACCUCACUCUCUAUCUCCUCUUCCACGUAAACGACCGAUAACGAAACCUCAAAUUUUCCCCACUCCAAAUUCGACUUCCAAUUGCGAAUCAGCUGCGCAUCCUAGUUCUACUCGAUCUGAAUCACCUCUUUCUUCUCCUUCUCCUUCUCCUUCUCCUUCUCCUUCCCCAUCACCUUCCCUUUCUUCUUCCAAAGACCACCUUGUAAAACCUACCGAACAUCCUCUCCAGAAGAGAAGACGAAUCAAAGGGCAACAACGUCAGAAUGGACAAAUUGACGAAAAAAGAAAAUCUCUUUCAGCGGAAAUCAUCAAUUCUGUCCAUUUCAAUACGUUUCAAUUACCAUGUCUUUAUUCUCCUCUGAAACACGGAGGUACAGCAUUGGGUGAAGAGUUGAUAGAUGGGAUAUGGGUCAAUUUGAGGGAAUAUGAAUGGGAAGAGGAGGAAAUGGAAGUAUGGAGGGGGAUGAUUUAUCCUCGAGCUGAGGAGAAGGAUAUGGAUUUAGAUUGGGGAUUGCAUGUCACUCAGCUGGUAGGGGUCGUGCCGGAGGACAAGAAGAAGAAUGAAGGGAGAAGAGGGAAAGGGAAAGGUCAUGGGAAAGAGAAGGAGGUGAUUGAUGACAAGCUGGACAAUGAAAAGGAUGGAGAAGAUGUGAAGGAAGAAGACGAUCAACCCACUUCUUCUAAUUGUAAACGAGCCAGAGGUUCAAGUCUCAGACGAGAAACGAGUGUGGAAGCAAUUCACCCAGAUAUAGAUAUAGGAACAGUGACAGGUAACCAAGACGGCGGAUCAAGGGGAAGAAGGAACGGAAUCAGAGGAAGGAGAAGUGUUUCCACUAGGAAUUCUCGUAGAGCUUCGACGUUAACUCAACAAGAUAGUGUGGAGAUUGGGCAAGAUGAGAAGAAAGAGGACGAUGCGAUGAUAGAAGGUAGUAAGAGAGGAAAACGAAAACGGACCAGUAAGAGGUGA